AUAGGAUUUGCAUAUAAACACUAUGUACAGACUAGUGUUUUCAGGGUACGAGAGCCACCGAAGCCGUCGACGUCAACAAACCCGUCGAAGCGGCACCGCGAGCGGCUGAACGGCGAGCUGGAGACCGUGGCCGCGCUGCUACCGUACGACGCAGCCACCAUCAGCCGCCUGGACAAGCUGAGUGUGCUGCGCCUGGCCGUCAGCUACCUCGAAGUGAAGGCGCACUUCCACGCGUGUCUUACCUCAUCGCCUUUCAUCUGUGAGUUACCGCUCGCCACUCAUUCUUAUGCCUAUUGCCCACAAUCGUUGUCAUUCUCCGCAGUACCAACCGUAUACCAUUCACAGGCAUCACAAGCGCUCGUCGAUCCGAGUGAGUCCGACUUCGAGACCAUUGCUUUAAAGUCACUAGGCGGAUUUCUGCUAAUCGUCAAUGACAAUGGUGAGAUCUACUACGCAUCGGAGAACAUCGAGAACUUUCUGGGAUUUCAUCAGUCGGACGUGCUCCAUCAGUCACUGUAUGAUUUGAUCCACUCAGAGGACCGCGAUGACAUACGACAGCAACUGAACCCCGCCUACUCGUUGCCUCCUGGAAGCAACAACCCGCAUGACCUCUACGAGCAGGGUAAGCUGCACAACAAAAAAACACCUCUGUUGCUUUUCAAUUGCUAUUACGACACGAAGCGCGUUCGAUUUCCUAAAAAAAUGAGCGAUCGCUACUUUUUAGAGAACGCCCAGCAUCUUGAACGGAAUGUAAACGCUCGCUUUCGUUGCCUCUUAGACAAUACCUGUGGGUUUUUGCGAAUAGACAUGAGGGGUAAGUUAAUGUCACUACACGGCCUUCCUUCUUCGUAUGUUCUGGGAAGGAGCAAUCCCGGACUUGUGAUGGGACUCAUUACCGUCUGCACGCCGUUUGUCCCUCCAUCAUCCACGGAUAUUCUAGCAGAAGACCAAAUUCUCAAGACGAAACAUCAGUUGGACGGCACUCUUGUCUCAAUGGAUGAGAAGGUUCAUGCCAUGCUUGAAUUAUCAGAAAGCGAACUGCCAAUCUCCUUCUACAGCCUCGUGAACGUCGAAGACGCCAUUUGUCUAGCAGAAGCUCAUAAAGAAGGUGAGCUUUCAUCCUCACUUACGUACAAACCACUUACGCUAGCGUUCUUUGGAUAUUGUCAGGAAGUUAUAAAAAAUGGAUCGUCCGGACUGUUGAUUUACCGACUGGUGAGCACGAAGACGUUCCGCACGUACUUUGUGCAGAGCAGUUGUCGAAUGUUCUACAAGAACGGCAAGCCGGAAUCGAUCGGCCUCACUCAUCGACUGCUUAACGAAGUGGAGGGCACGAUGCUUUUGGAGAAGCGCUCUUCACUGAAGGCGAAGCUGCUCUCGUUCGACGACUCCUUUCUGCAGUCACCACGGAAUCUCCAAUCGACGGCUGCCCUUCCAUUGCCUACGAGCAGGGAGGACACCGGUGGGGAGAGGUGCGAUUCUUUACUCAUCUCGUUUGCUAUUAGAUGA